AUGAGCGCGAGCGACACCCCGGAGUGGGCCAGGCGGCUUGCACAGCGAGAGCGGGAUCAGGAGGCGUCGCUGCGGGCGAAUUCAUCUGCGGCAGCGGAGGCGGACGAGGUGGAGAACGCGGCCGGCGUGCUGCCCUGGGGAGGGCUGCGCGCGGCUCUGCCACCCGCCGUGCCGUCACUCACAGCUCUCGCGCUGUCCACCCUCGCCGCGCACCCAGAGCUCAUCACCGAUCUUUCACUGACGGGACGCCUGGACUUUCGGCUGGCGUGUGUCUUCCGCGAGGCCGGCCACGAGUCGCUAAGAGAGGCGAUCGAGGCUCUCGACCUCGUGAGCGCGAUUCCGACUCACAAUACAAUCACGCGGUUCAAGACACUAUGA